AUGACGGACGAGUCCCGAGACGGAUUGGAAGGAGCAGCAGACCAACAGAGUACGCCUGCUCCCCCCAGUCUGGUUUCGCGCGAGGACUCCGAGGCCCUGGACUCGGCUGCUCCAGUCCAGAGCGCUCUCUUGGGCGAGAGCACUUCACAGGAUUCCACUCGACCGCAGGACUUGGAAGUCGAAGCGAGGGCAGACGCAGCUACGAGUGUUCCAUCCGUCGCGUCUGCCGACGAGAAGCUCGUAGAAGGUCCUAGCGCCCAACCGGGUGUAGAGCUUGAUUCUGGACCCAGUGAAUCGCCCGACGCGGCAGCCAACCCACCGAACGACACAGACACCAGAGAAUCGCCUGGCGUCUUAGCCAAGGCAGUUGGGAAGGCCGCGGCUGAAUCGGGGCUUGGAGCGGGACCUGGCGCACGGCCCGAGUCUGAACCCGUCGAGCGAGUCAACCCAGAGACUGUCGAGCGGUUCGAUCAUGAAGCGGGGGAGCGACUGGAUAGUUCGGCGCUCGCGCGGCUCGAGAAUGAAUCUGUGGAGCGACGCGAGUCUGAACCCACCGGAGCAGCUUCGAUAGGGCCUAACGGAGAGCCAUCGGGCUCUAGCGAGACCCCAACCGACGCCCUCGGGCCAAGUCCCUCAAUCCUGACCGACCCCAGUUCACUCGGUAGUGUAUCGGCACAAGACAGUCUGGUCGACGUCCCAGUCGAUGGAAACGUUUCCACGGGAGGAGCGGAAGGUGACGCGAACAACGCGACAGAACAACCAGCGGGCCUUGCAUCCUCGAAGCCAGGCCCUGCCUAUCCUUCAGCUUCGAUUCUCCGUCUCGAUGAAGGAGAUAAGCCACUCAGUUUAGACAAGAGUGCGAAUCCCGUCAGCGAGAGAUUGAUGCUCGCACCCAUGGCGAUCGCUCCGGGAGGAGCCUCGAGCGCUGAGCCUCUCGAUUCGGUGAAGGCUGUCGAUCCAGAAGAUGUGGCACUUUCUCCUGCCGCUAAAUCGUACGGCAACGAUGAGAGCGACGUAGCUGCCGCGCCUGAUGUGAAGAACGACGUUCCCGAAGACGUUGUUUCAGCAAAAUCGGCUGACAGCCGCGACGAUCUACCGGACUUCACGACGGGCUCCCAAGAUCUGGACCCGGAAAUGAACUCUACAGACAACCGCGAAGAUCUACCAGACUUUUCCGCAGGUUCUCAAGACCUGGAAUUGGACACGAAUUCGACAGAGGAAGAUUCAAGCAACGGCACAGCUCUUGCUGAUGUCAGACUCGAGGCGAGAGCCGAUAGGAACCGGAAGAGGAAGAAGGGCGACAAUGGCGAGGAUGAAAUUAAAAAGCCCCGGGGGGAACAGCAAGGGGAUUCAGGAGAUAAGGGGGUGAAGAAAAACAAGAAGUCCGAUAACGUCGGCGAGACGGUCACCGUGGCGAGCUUCGACUAUUCCGAAGAACCCCGGGACGAUUCGACUUCGAGAGCGAGUAAAGAAGACGUGUUCCAGUAUUCUUACCGGAAUAUCAAUAAGACAUUCAACGGGAUUUGGGCGAUUAUCGCGCUCUAUCUGUUCGGAGCCGGAGUUCAUUUCCACGUGGAGCUGUUCCGUUACAUGACGAGACCGCGCGAUCCCAUAGAGAAGAUACUGCAGAGCUGA